CUCCUGGAGGUUCGUAUGCCCAGACGUGAUGCAGUGGAUUUCGCGGAAAAUUGGCCAGUAUAAAAGCCAGCUAUUGGCUGGAGAACAUCUCAAACCAUUUCUCACAUUUUUAAGAAGAAGAUCUAUAGUGAAUUGUGUUGGAAAUAAAUCUUCAAGAUGAUGUCGAAACAUCUUGACUCUUCCCCAAAUGCCGGUAUCAAUAAGAAUGUCCUGGCCAGGUACACGGACCUCCCGUGGCCUGAGGGCAAGAUCCUCGCCACUUACAUCUGGAUUGAUGGCACAGGCCAACAUUUGAGGUGUAAAGAUCGCACAUUGGAGUUCAUUCCCAAGUCGCCAAAGGAUUUGCCAAUUUGGAACUACGACGGCAGCUCGACGUAUCAGGCCAGUGGUCAUAAUUCCGACGUCUACCUCCAUCCGGUGGCCAUCUACAGGGAUCCCUUCCGCCGUGGCAACAACAUUCUGGUGCUCUGCGAGACCUACAAUUUCGAUGGAACUCCCACUGCUUCCAACAAACGAGCAGAUUGCGCCAAGACGGUGAAAGCGUGCGCCCACGAGGAACCCUGGUUCGGCAUUGAGCAAGAGUACACGCUUCUGGACUACGAUCAGAGACCUUUCGGCUGGCCCAAGAACGGCUUUCCUGGCCCACAGGGGCCCUAUUAUUGCGGUGUGGGUGCAGAUAAGGUGUUCGCCCGUGACAUCGUUGAGGCCCACUAUCGGGCUUGCCUCUACACUGGCGUGAAGAUUUGCGGCACGAAUGCCGAAGUGAUGCCCGCUCAGUGGGAAUACCAAGUGGGCCCAUGCGUAGGCAUCAGUAUCGGGGAUGACCUGUGGAUUUCGCGCUUUCUGCUGCACAGAAUUGCUGAGGAGUUCGGUGUGGUUGCCACACUAGAUCCCAAGCCCAUGACGGGCGAUUGGAAUGGUGCUGGUGCCCACACGAACGUGUCCACAAAGACAAUGCGCAAUCCAGGAGGAAUUGUGGCCAUUGAGGCGGCCAUCCAGAAGCUCUCGCAAUGCCACGAGCGUCACAUCAAGGCGUACGAUCCACUCGGUGGGGAGGAUAAUAUGCGUCGUCUGACAGGACGCCACGAGACGAGCUCUAUUCAUGACUUCAGCGCCGGAGUGGCUCAUCGUGGGGCUUCUGUGAGGAUUCCGCGUGGCGUGAACGACGAGAAAUGCGGAUACUUCGAGGAUCGCCGGCCAAGUUCCAACUGUGACCCAUACAGUGUGGUCAAUGAAAUCUUGAAGACCAUCUGUCUGAACGAAGUAUAAUUCAGGACAUCUUCCUUCGCGGGACUCUGUGAUUUCUCUUUUAUACUCUCUUCUUUUCCGCGCACGACACGCAGUCCUGGAAGAUUACCAGUAGUGCAAGAUUUCCUAGGCACCAAUAAGCACUUGUUAGCGUUAUUGCCUGUAUCAAUGAUAUUCGAGUGAUUUUCCCAAUAAAUCAAGUUGUUAACACU